AUGUGUAUUCGGUCGAAGCAUGAUGCUAUAACGGCCUGGUGCGCUACCGUUAAGAAAGUCAGAAGUAACCAAACACCACUCCCUACUCAACGCCACAACCAGUCUAGGCAUUCAGAAGCCUCUGCCUUCACUUUGAAACCUCGAUUGACAGCGUCCACCAUCUCCAUUAGUGUCUACCGUUGCAUUGCGUUUUGUCUGCUGAUCGCCACCCACAAUUCAACGCUUAUUACAGGGGUUUCCUCCGUGGAGAUAGCUCAACAGAAUAUGGUGGUGAAUUCUCAUGGAAUAAAUGACUUCUCCACCCAUUCUACCCCGCUCUUUAAGCACCCCUACCGGCGGAGGUUUAAACGUGCAGCGAUUCAACGCCCGGAACGACACCUUUGGUCUCCGGACCUCGUUACGUUCGUUUGUGAUGAGCUUGCUGAUCCUUGCACUCGGGCAGCCUUCCUUCGGCGUCAUGCUUUCCACGAAAUAUGCUCAGAUGUGCCCCCUCUGUACCUACUGCCUCACAUUGCUGAUGCGAUUGAAGGUAGCAAUCAGUCAUCAACUCGGCUUUGUGUUUCGACAGAUAAGGGCAUUCGAAAUACUGAUGGACUUUUUCGGAAUUAUCUUGAAACACCGAGCAAAUGUAGGAAAAGCAUGGAGGCACUGGAUGCCAAGAUACGCUCCUCAGUCACCACAGAUUUGGAUAUGUUUGUGGAUAUAUUAGAACGGUCGUUUUGUACUCUUGGUAACGAUACGAAAGGCGGUGUGCUGGAUGAUUGUGCCCAAUGUCAGCAUAUGCUGGGUACACCCGAGACCGUGGUCACCCAGCUGCCAUUGGCCUAA